AUGAAUAAAACAGACAUUCCCUUAGACAAAAAACGUCUACUGAUUUUAAACAAAGUCAAUGCAGUCCAAACUGGACUAACACAAGAAAAUGUUGAUCUAGUAGCUAUAAACUUACGUUUUGAUAUGGUCAAACAAUUAUAUGAACAUUACGAUACAACCAUCGACGAAUUAGAAAUGACUGAUCCCGAUAAUGCAGAAGUUACCCUCGCAGACGACACACGAACUGCAUACUUUGCACUUACCAGUCAACUACAUACUUUAAAUCAAUUCAACGCUAAAGAGAACAAUUCACAUAAUGAAAAUAUAUCCUCACGAGAUACAUCAGUCGGAAAUACUACCUUUGAAGCACAACGUCUUGCUAAACUUCCAACUGCAGAAUUACCUAAAUUUGACGGGAACUUUGAAAAUUGGCUUUCAUUUAAAAAUAUGUUCAAAUCCUUAAUUGAUGGUCGUAAAGAUCUUGAUGACUUCAAUAAAUUGUAUUAUCUUCGUGCAUCUUUAACUGGCGCAGCAUCUAACAAGCUUUCGCUUUAUGAUGCAAGUGCAGAAAAUUACACUAAAGCAUGGGAUCUUUUAACUGAAACUUAUCAAAAAGAACGAGCUCUAGUUAACAAACAUUACGAUGCCCUUCUGGAUUUAGAUAUUAUAGAAAAACCUACUAAUGAAAAUUUAACUAAAUUUAUAGAUCAAGCUCGCCAGCAUUUAAAUGAAUUAGAAACACUUAAUGCGAAACCGACUGAUGCAUUCAUUGUACGGGUGCUGGAACGUAAAUUACCCAUAUAUAUUAGAGACAAAUGGGAGGAGACAUUCGACAAUGAAAACACUCUUCCGACGAUUGAACAGUUUGGUAAAUUCGUGACUAAGACAGCUUUUCGAUUUAGUUCACGUAAACCGAAUCAACAUCAUGACACCGGUAACUCGUUCAAACGUAAACGUACUGACCGAAUAUUCAACGCUAAUAAAUCACAAAAAACUGAACCGACUGCAUGA